CAGCAAGCUGGCCGGGCUGCACUGAGGGCAAAUCCAAAGAGCUGGCAAAAAUCAAAAAUGGCGCCCAGCUCGAAAUCAGAGAAAGACGACAACAAACAAAAACAACAGAAAAAACAUAAAGAUCACGUCGUCAAACUCCUUACGCGCGGGCGGUUGAAUGGGCAUCUCUCUCAGCGGCUCUUCCGGAAACUCCCUCCACGCGUCUGCAUCCCGCUGAAGACCAUCGUCAGUGAGGAGUUCCUCAGAGCAGGACACAUCUUCCUGGGCUUCACCAAAUGUGGCCGUUAUGUGUUGUCCUACACCAGUGACUGCGGCGAAGAUGACGACUUCUCCUUCUACACGUAUCACCUGUACUGGUGGGAGUUCAACCUGCACAGCCGCCUCAAACAGGUGCAUCAUGUGCGUUUGUUUGCGGGUGAGGACAUCUACAGCGAUCUCUAUCUGACCGUUUGCGAGUGGCACAAUGAUCAUUCCAAGCUGGUCGUCUUUGGCUUUAACACACGCAGCUCCAGUUCAGCCCUGAUGAACAUGAUGAUGAGUGAUGAGAACAACAGGGACAUCUACAUCACCAUCACCUCAAUGCCUCCCGCACAACCGUGCAAACAGUGCUGCCCCGCGUCCUCCGUGUCCACUAUACGCACAGGUGGCGAGUGUCUGCAGCACGGUUACGUUCUGAACGCUCGCUAUCAAGUGGUUUAUCCGUUCCCGACGUUCCAGCCGGCGCUGCAGCUGAAGAAGGACCAGGUGAUUCUGCUCAACACCAGCUACUCUCUGGUGGCCUGCGCCAUCUCCCUCUGCUCAGGAGACGGGCAGCAGGAGGAUCAAAACAAUCAGAUUCUCUACCGUAAGGGAGACGCUUCCUCCUCUUCUCCUCCUGUUGGACCUACAUCACCUUCCUCAUCCUCAUCAACCUCGUCUCAGGGGUCACCUGACCUCACACAGUUAAAGCCCCAUUUCACCCCCCUCUCCUCCAGCCAAUCACAGGCGGCCGUGCGGGCCAGAGAGUUCGCUGCUGACAUUUUCCGCCGAGCUCAGGCUGGAGCGACGGAACACGACAGAAAAGCCAAAGAGAAAGAAGAGACGGACACCCAGCGAUUCCACAGCGAAGAGGAGAGAACGAGAGAGAGACAGGAACGAGACGCAGAGGUCCCGGGACCCUCGUCUUCCUCCUCAGGACAGAACCAAAGUUCAGUGCCACCCACAGAGGCAGAGGACAGUGCUGUGUGUAACACAGUCAUGUCUCCUGGAUCCACCUCCUCUCUCUUCUCUCUGUCUCCACAUGCUCAUGAGCCUUCAUCCUCCUCUUCCUCCUCAGAGCCUGCUUACGUCAACUACACCACUCUCAGAUACAGACUACCGCAGGCCAGUGCGUCAGAGCAGCUGAGCGGAGAUGAGGAUGAUAAAGUCCUGCUUCCUUUCACGGUGACGGAUCUGAAGGGACGAAACCUGCAGCUGGUGACGGGACAGUUCAGCGGUCAGUGUGUGUGUGUCGAGCAGCUGACGCUGGACUUCGAGUAUCUCAUCAACGAGGUCAUCCGGAAUGAUGCCGACUGGGGCUCCCAGUUCUGCUCCUUCAGCGACUAUGACGUCGUCAUCCUCGAGGUUUGCCCGGAGACCAAUAUAGUGGUGAUAAACAUCGGGCUGCUGCUGCUGGCGUUCUCUAACUGUGAGGAUGAGCACUGCAGGCCGAAGUCGUAUCACUCCAGUCUGCAGGUCAGUUGGGAUCUGAACACUGGAGCGUGUCAUACAGUCGGUGUCGGUGACCUCACUGAGGUCAAAGGUCAGACCAGUGGAAGCGUGUGGAGCUCCUACAGGAAGUCGUGUGUGAACACCGUCAUGCGGUGGCUCGUUCCCGAGAGCAGCUCGCGCUACAUCAACCGCAUGACCAACGAGGCUCUGCAUAAAGGUUCUUCUCUUCAGGUGUUGGCUGAUAAUGACAGAGGCACGUGGAUCGUCCUGUGAGAGAGACGACACACUCACACACUCCUCAGUGCUGCUCCGCUGUGUCCAAACGCAGCUGCUCUCAGUGUUUCUGUCGUGUUUGCUGCGUGUAUCCGUGUGAUUGACAUAAAGACACGGUGCUCAGUUCCACCUGUAUGCAGACAGCGCGGGACACUCUGGGAACAUUUUAUGAAACACGUCAGCGAUCACAGAACUAAACUAAACUCGCACACUUCUACACGCUUGUUUUGAUGUUAGUGUAAUGGACUGAAGUAGUUCUUUUUCUGUUUGAAAUGCCCUGUAAUUGGAAGGUGCAGCAGGAUGUUUUCGUGGACAGAAAUAAGACGUUGCUUUGGGGCGCAUCUGUAUUUGUUUGCUUGAUUUGUUUUGUUUGUUUCAGGAUACCGUUGUUUACAUCGUUUAGACCGAGUCCUCAGCCAAUCAGAAGCUGUCGACCCCUCCUGCCCUUUUUUAAUACUAGUUGUGGCCUCACAGCUGGACUGGAUGAGAAUAUUGAUUUUAUGCAACGUUGUUUUACUUUAUUUUUGAUAAAAAUUAAAUAUUCCUUCAGUA